AUUAGACAGAGGGCAAUCACACGGGAUUGACAGAGUGGCUGAGCACAGAAGGAAAGGCUGUGCCUUGUCUAGAGCUCAAGAAGGGAGGGGGAGGGCAUUGGAGCCCUGGUUACUUUGCUGAAUCCUGCGGAGCUAGCACAGCCACAGCGCGACUGGGAAGAGAGCUAGCUUAGCGGGGGCGACCAAGCGGCCCGCUUGGGGGAAGGGAGGCGGCGGCUCGGUGGGCCUCUGGGGUGUAGUAUGUGUCAGUGCCUGUGAGUGUGUGUGUGUGUGUGUGUGUGUGUGUGUGUGUGUGUGUGUGUGUGUGUGUGUGUGUGUGUGUGUCUGGCGGAGGGCCAGGGUGAUUUCCCAUAAACCACAUGCCCCGCCAGCCCGCCCGCUUAAAAGGCUGUGCCGAGGGCUGGCCAGCGAAGCUCGGCCAGGGGAAAGUGAAAGUUUGCCUCUGUGCUCUCGGUGUCGCUGCCGCUCUCUGCAUCCCGGGACAGCGGCGUGGCCCUCGGCCGGGGCGCAGGCUCUCCAGCCACCAAGGAGCGAAGGAGCGAGCGAACCAGGGCGGCCAACACGCUGGGCCAGGACUCAGCUGCCCGUAUGACCGCGCGGGGCGCCGCGGGGCGCUGCCCUUCAUCGACAUGGCUGAGCCCCCGGCUGCUGCUGGUUUGUCUCCUGGUGAGCAGGAGUAUUGCCAACAAGUCAGAACACUGUGACCAGAUUAUUACGAAUGGACACCUGCAGAUCCUGCAGCAGCUGAUUGACAGUCAAAUGGAGACCUCGUGCCAAAUUGCAUUUGAAUUUGUAGACCUGGAGCAGCUGGAUGACACCGUUUGCUACCUUAAGAUGUCAUUUCCUCUGGUGCAAGACAUAAUGGAGUACACCAUGCGCUUUAAAGACAACACCCCCAAUGCCAACGCCACCGACAGGCUCCAGGAGCUCUCUAUGGGACUGGCGAGAUGCUUCACCAAGGACUAUGAAAAGCAGAACAAGGCCUGUGUCCGAACUUUCCGUGAGACCCCUCUCCAGUUGCUGGAGAAGAUCAAGAACGUCUUUAAUGAAACCCUGGAUCUCCUUGAAAAGGACAAGAAUGUUUUUAGCAAGAACUGCAACAACAGCUUUGCGAAGUGCUCCAGCCAAGAUGUGGUGACCAAGCCUGAUUGCAACUGCCUGUACCCUAAAGCCACCCCUAGCAGUGACCCGGCCUCUGCCUCCCCUCACCAGCCCCCUACCCCCUCCAUGGCCCCUCUGGCUGGCUUGGCUUGGGAUGAUUCUCAGAGGACAGAGGGCAACUCCCUCUUACCCAGUGAGCAGCCCCUUCGCACAGAGGACCCAGGCAGUGCCAAGCAGCGACAACCCAGGAGUACCUGCCAGAGCCUCGAGUCACCAGAGACCCCAAAACACGAGGGCGGGCUCACUGAAGAUUCACAGACUCAUCCUUCUGCAGGGGACCCCAUCCCCAGUGUGGAAGACAUUCUCGAAUCUUCACUGGGCACUAACUGGGUCCUAGAAGAAGCUUCUGGCGACGACGCUAGCAAGGGGUUUUUGACCCAGGAAGCAAAGCUUUCCCCCUCCAAGCCGGUAGGGGGCAGCAUCCAGACAGAGACAGGCAGAUCCAGGGGCCUCUCAGCAUCUUCUCCACAGCCUAAAUCAACAGAGGACCAACAGCCACCGGAUGCAACAGACACCCCAUUGCCGGAGAUGAACCCUAUGAGACCCACAGGCCAGACACAGAAUCAUACUCCUGAGAAGACAAAGACGGACGGUUCAUCUGUGCUGCCUAGAGACCACCAGGAGCCAGGCUCUCCCCACAUUGCGACACUGAGUCCCCAAGGCCUCAGCAACCCAGCCAUCGCCUUUGCUCAGUUACCGCUUCCCAGAAGCCACUCUUGGGGCAGUGUGUUGCCCCUUGGGGAGCUCGAGGGCAAGAGAAGUACCAGGGAUCGAAGGAGCCCCGCAGAGCUGGAAGGAGGACCAGCAAGUGAGGGGGCAGCCAGACUUGUGGCCCGUUUUAACUCCAUUCCUUUGACUGACACAGGCCAUGUGGAGCAGCGUGAGGGGUCCUCUGACUCCCAGAUCCCUGAGUCUGUCUUCCACCUGCUGGUGCCGGGCAUCAUCCUAGUCUUGCUGGCUGUCGGGGGCCUCCUGUUCUACAGGUGGAAGCGGAGGAGCCAUCGAGAGCCGCAGGCAUUGGAUUCUUCUGGGGGGCGACCAGAGGGCAGCCCCCUGAACCAGGGUGAGGACAGACAAGUGGAGCUGCCGGUGUAGAAAGCAUUCUAAGCUGGGUACACAGGACUAUCUCUUUAUGGAAGGAGACACUAUGGGAAUGUCCACCAGCACGCUCUCCUGCCAUCUUCCUGGGAACGUGGCCUGCCACCCCCAGAGCUCCUGCCUACCAAGACUGGACGAGAGCAGCUUUGAUGAGGUCUUUCAGUCUUAACCCUCAGACUCUCAACUCACUGAGAGAGGGCUGGAGGAUGCCCCCUACAUACUGCAACUAUUUAUUGUGGGCCCUGGAGGCUCCUUGCAUUGGCGGAAGGCCAGCUUGCCAGCUCAGGACCCUUUCCCUCAGGGCUGUACCCUCCUCUCAAAGCCAGAAGCUGGCAAGGGACCCACCAGCCUAUGUGGCCCAUGAGCAAAUGAGAAGGAGCAGAAGAACCCUGUGCCCAGAAGACCCAACUGGUGCCAAGGAAUCCCAACACAGACAGGCAAGGACCUGUUUCCCAAGAGAAGAGCCUGAGAUUUAAAGGGCGGGACAGUAUCUGCCCGAUUUCCCGUAAAGGCAUAAAGUCAUGCAGCCCAACAGACGGGAAGAGGAGGCCUUUGGCUGCUUGUGCUGACAGUUUAAAAGGGGUCUACAGCCUCAACUUGCCUGAGUGCCCUCUGCUGAUAGCCAGGAAGGCAGGAGACCAGCUCUACCCUCAGGACCUGUCUGACCUGGCUCAUGAUGCCAAGAGGGGGACCAAGCUGUGGCUCGUCCCCUCCUGCCCACAGCCCCUGCCAGAGUUCUUUUGCCCAGCAGAGGUACCGCUCAUGAAGGAAACCAUUGCACUGUGAAUAUUGAACCUGCCUGCUGAACAGCCUGUCCCAUCCAUCCCCGUGAGCGACCAUCCGUCCGAAUGGUGUCCCAUCUCAGCCUCUCUCCUCAGCUUCCUGCACUGAGCUGGCCUCGCAUGUCGACUGAGGGAGCCCCCUAAGUCCUGACC